CGCAGUGCGUAUAUAGAGUUGCUUGAUGUAGAUAGAGAAAGAACAUAUUAUCCUAUUGUAUCUAUAAUUCCACCACGAAGAACACAAAACAGAACCUUAGCAUACGAAGAAAAUGGCGGCCCUAGAAUUGCCUAAGCUUUCUAUAUAUCGCUUCUCGAGCAAUGACCCAAGUAGACGCUUUACGGUCACGAAUCCCGCCACGGGCAAGGUUCUCACCACGGUCCAAGGCGGAGACCCCGCCACCGUCGACGCAGCCGUACGCGCCUCCCAAGUAGCUUUCGAGGAGCGCUGGCGGCCCUUAACUCACGCUCAACGGUCGGCGUAUCUCCUUCGCUGCGCCGACGAGCUCGAGAAGCAUAUCGACGAACUGGCCACCCUCUUAUGCAUGGAGAACGGGAAGCCCUUCCUGGACGCCAAGCUAUUCGACUGCGGCAUGCUUGUGCGAUCGUACCGAUACUUCGGAAGCUUAGCGGACAAGUUGCCUUCCGCGUUCUACGACAGGGGCCCUCUAUAUACGACUGUGAUACACGAGCCAUACGGGGUAUGCGCCGGUAUCCUUCCCUUCAACUGGCCGCCCAUCUUUGCGGGUAGCAAGCCAGCGCCAGCACUCGCGGCGGGAAAUACGUUUGUGAUGAAGCCGGGCGAGCAGGCACCACUGACGGUGCUUCGGAUCGUUGAGAUCCUCGAACCUAUCUUGCCGAAAGAUGUACUGCUAGCCGUGCCGGGGAUCGGGCCCGAAGUCCCGCAGGCCUUAGUCUCGCACCCGCUGGUUAAAAGAGUUACCUUCACAGGGUCGACAGCUGCUGGAGCUGCUGUGGCACGGACCGCAGCCGACUCCAUCACGCCGGUAGCCCUUGAGCUGGGCGGCAAGAACGCCAUGACUAUUUUCGAAGACGCGGACUUCGACACCGCAGUGCGCAGCGCACUCGAAGGGGCCUUCUUCAACAAGGGCGAGGCGUGUACGGCGAGCUCGCGAAUGCUCGUGCAGCGCGGAAUCUACGAUAAGUUCGUGGAGAAACUAGCUGAAGGGGUGAAGAGAAUUAAAAUGGGCAACGGUCUCGAUCCAGCGACACACGUUGGGCCGCAGAUAACCAAGGCCGCGCAGAAGCGUCUGCUGGAUUAUAUUGCCCUCGGGGUGGAAGAGGGUGCUAGGAUCGCUGCGCAAUCUGAGCUUCCCUCAGACCCCGAGUGUAAGGACGGCUUCUUCAUACCUGCGACUCUUUUUGCAGAUGUGACCGAGGAUAUGCGCAUCGCCAAGGAGGAGAUGUUCGGCGCCAUUGUGACAGUCACUCCAUUCGAUACUUUUGAGGAUGCAGUUCGCAUCGCGAACUCGGUAGAGUACGGCUUAACAGCUAUCGUCUUCACGAAGGAUCAAAUAAAGGCGAACCGUUACGUACGCGCAGUUGAAGCAGGGAUGGUUUGGGUAAAUAACUACCAUAGGAACGUGAUGGGCACACCGUUUGGUGGAGUAAAACAUUCCGGCUACGGCAGAGAACAUUGCAUAGAAACGUUGUACGAGUUUACUCAGCCAAAAGCCGUACAUGCGCCGUCAGGUUUGAUUGAGAUUCCGGAGUGGCGUGGUGUGGUCGAUAUCUACGGGCGUGAUGGAAGUGAAGCAGUUUGAUGUUGUACGUUGGACGGUUUUGAGGUCUAGGUACUACCGAUAUAAGAGGUGUGGUACUAUUAACUAAGGUAGGACCUAGGUACCUUAGGUACCUACAGUGUGUACACGUACUUUGUGUAACGGACAAGAAGCUCUUAUAGAUACGCCGAUAAGUCCGGUAUCGCUUUUAUCAAUUAUGUGGAGUAUAUUAGGUAUCUCUACCUCUUAUCUUCACUAACUUCAAUGUUGGAAUCUAAACUUAUA